AUGGCUUUACCCCGAUUUAGUCACUUUCCCCCAAUCAGCAUCAAGGUCACAGUACAGGACAUGUUCACUGGCAUUGAGAAACUUGUUAGUGUGGCUUUCUCUACGUUUGUAGCCAAACCAGUUGGAAAAGAAAAGAUUCAUUUAAAACCAGUCACACUUCUAACUGAACAAGAUCAUGUGGAACAUAAUCUGGCUUCUGAGAGAAGGAAAGUUCGAUUACAACAUGAAGAUACUUUUAAAAACUUGAUGAAGGAAAGUGGCAAGUUUGAUGAUCCCACUUGUGAUGAAGAAGAAGGAACCGUUUCCACGAGGGGCACCUCUGUGCAGAGCAUUGAACUUGUCCUCCCACCCCAUGCAAACCAUCAUGGAAAUACAUUUGGUGGCCAGAUCAUGGCUUGGAUGGAGACAGUGGCUACUAUUUCUGCAAGCCGCCUGUGUCGAGCGCAUCCCCUUCUGAAGUCCGUGGACAUGUUUAAGUUCCGGGGACCAUCUACAGUUGGAGAUCGUCUUGUCUUCAAUGCCAUUGUCAACAAUACAUUUCAGACCUGUGUCGAAGUGGGAGUGCGCGUGGAGGCCUUUGACUGCCAGGAGUGGUCUGGGGGCCGGGGCCGUCAUAUCAACAGUGCGUUUCUCAUUUAUAAUGCUGUCGAUGAUAAGGAAGAACUGAUCACAUUCCCCAGAAUCAAACCGAUGUCAAAGGAUGAUUUUAGACGGUAUCGUGGAGCUCUUGCACGCAAGAGAAUUCGCCUAGGCAGAAAAUACAUUAUUUCCCACAAAGGAGAGGUUCCACUUUGCAUACACUGGGAUACUGGCAACCAGGUAUCCUUGAGUAAUGGCAAUGUGGAGGCUCUCAAAAGCCUGGCGGCCAAAAGUGGUUGGGAGGUUACCAGUGCUGUGGAAAAGAUAAAAAUAUAUACUCUGGAAGAGCACAAUAUUUUAUCUGUUUGUGUUGAAAAGCAUGUGGAAAGACCAGCACACUUGGCUUAUCAUCUCUUGUCUGACUUUACCAAGCGACCUUUGUGGGACCCCCAUUACAUGUCCUGUGAAGUCAUAGACUGGGUAAGUGAAGAUGAUCAGAUAUAUUAUAUCACUUGUCCUGUGGUGAAUGAUGACAAACCCAAAGACUUGGUAGUACUUGUUUCACGAAGAAGGCCUCUCAAAGAUGGUCACACUUACACGGUGGCAGUGAGGUCAGUUAUUCUGCCAUCAGUCCCACCUUCUCCACAGUACAGCAGAAGUGAAAUCAUAAGUGCUGGAUUUCUCAUCCGUGCUAUUGACAGCAGUUCAUGUACCGUAUCUUACUUUAACCAGAUUUCUGCUAGCAUCCUUCCUUACUUUGCUGGAAAUCUUGGUGGCUGGUCAAAAUCCAUUGAAGAGACAGCAGCCUCCUGUAUACAAUUCAUAGAGAACACUACUGAUGAUGGGUUGAUAAGCAUAUUUUAA